UCCUCUCGAGCUGUCACACUGACAGCUCGAGGGGAGAGGAGAGCCGGUAAUCGGCUUUCCGCGGAGGGGACAUGUACACUGAUCAUCAGGGCACUAAUGAUCAGUAAGUGCCACCUGUCAGUGCUCAUCAGUGCCAGGGCCACAUAUCAGUGCAUACCAGUGCACAUCAAUGCCACAUAUCAGUGCCCAUCUGAGCUGCCUUUCAAUGUCACCCAUCAGUGCCAGUCAGCGUCACCUAUCAAUGCCAAUCAGUGCCACCUAUCAAUGCUGCCAAUCAGUGCCACCUAUCAGUGCCAGUCAGUGUCACCUAUCAGUGCGCAUCAGUGCCAGUCAGUGCCGCCUAUCAGUGCCAGUCAGUGCUGCCUAUCAGUGUCAUGUAUCAGUGCUGCCUUUCAGUGCCCAUCAGUGAUGCCUGUCAAUGCCCAUCAG